UUGUCCCUGAGAGGGGUAAAGAGCUGCUUUGUAGUGGCACAGGUGUCUCUGUCUGUCUCUCUUUAUGUGAAUCUGUUUAAACAUUAACCACAGCACGUAGUUUGCACCUUUUUGUCAACCCCCCCACCUCGUUUAUUACCUAUAAACUGAAGAUAAAUCCUCCAGAAAUCCCUUCCAAUGGCUAUUUAACUACACGCACGCACACACACACACACACACACGCACAUUCGGCCACACAACUAAACUACACACCCAUGAAGGUGUGUAGUUUCCACAAUUCAAACAGUAUCCAUUGUGAACCCCCCACCAACCCUUGGAUCAUAUUGCAGGUUCCGGGGCCCUGGGGGUCCCCUAAUACAAAAGUAAUUGCCCCAUCCCCCCCCCCCCAAGAAGACACAAAGACAGGAGGUGUUCAUUCUGGGAGAGAGGCCUGUGGUCCUUUCUGUUGCUAAGGCGGCCCGCAGCCCGCCUGCCUGUUCGACUUCCUGGUUCAUUGUUGACUGGAGGAGGCAGAGGAAUGUGCGCCUGAGGAAAGGCUGUUAUUGUAUUCGCAGAUUUCGCGGAAUAUUCUCCGUUCUGCCAACCUGGUUUUAACCGCUGCCAUUUCAGGCUCAACUGAACAGUGAGAUGUCCCUUUUAAAGGGGCUUUGAAUCAGCCACACGGAGAGGAGAAAAUGACCUUAAUCGCUCAUUCUGUUCGUGAGGUGUUCCCUUGAACCGCAAACACACUUUCUGAAACACAAACUAGACGACACUCAAUAGACACCUGCAAGCAAAACAUAAGCUUCAGGGCCUGCCUUCCACAACCUGGAACCUUAACCUUACUCCAUGGAUUCCUUUGGCCUUCACUUUGAGAGAAUGAGCAACUUGGACUUGCACCCUUUAAGCCUGCCGAUCAGCCGGCUCUCUCCAGCAAAGUCCACCAGCAGCAUUGCAGAUCAGCUCCCCCACCAUCAGCACGGGAAGGGGGACUCCGCCUACAGCUCCUUCUCCGGCGGCUCCACCGUUCCAGACUACCCGUCACCCUUCCUCCAGGAUGACCUGCAGCCCAGCGCCUUUAACCACUACACCGAUCUGAAGUAUGUGAAAGCGGUGUACCAACCCUGCCAGGCUCACCAGUCCGAGACACGGACCAUGGACCAGCUGUAUCACUCUGUGGAGGCCAUCUCUCAGCAGCAUCGCAACAUCAACAACCGACGGCAAAACGGACACGAUAGAUGUCACGCCGACAGCAAACUGACUGCCUCCCCUAAUCCUCCCAGUUCCCAUCUACCUCCUCCACCGCCGCCCGCACGCCUGGAUAGCCUAGUAGCCACGAGGAACCUAGAGAACAGCCGAGGCCACCAUCAGGGUACUAAACCCCAACCUCAGCCACUACGCACGCGGACGCAGCAAACGCCCUUCAGUCACUUCCAGCCGUCAACCCUGCCUCAAGACACUCUCAAAUCAAAUGACACAGCUGAUCCAGAGCCCCGCAACCCAGACCUAGUCUAUGGGGGCUGGCGGGAAACACAGCUAGGACCGCCGCUGUCUCAUCAGCCUCCCAGCUACCGGCCUCCACCUCAACGCCACGACGUGGUCAAUUUCUCAAACUCGGAACACAUUAUCCCUGCCCAUCAGAGAAAAUUGGGGCAGCAGCAAAUAUCGGCAAGCCUCCUUAACAAACCACCAGCUCAGGCCACCAACCAAAUGGAGAAUCAAAAGAACAGACAGAGGACCAGGAGUAGUGAUUUAACAAACAAAGGAAGCAAUCAUUUUGAUCGCUAUCGCAAAAGGGCGCACUCCGCCAAAGAGAGUUCCCAGAGUCUGGUCCCAGAGCCAGACAGGUCUUCAAGCCCGAGCAGUUUCGGCCAGAACUUGACCGCCAGCAGCAGCAGCCAGCAUAAGGGUCAGUUUUAUUUUGUAACAGGUAGACAGACAGGAACCGGUGGAAGGAAACUCUCUGUGUCGUCAUGUGCCUCUGAGGCAGGAAGCGAGAGCUCCACGGUGGUGGAGACGUUCACUCUCAGGGAGAAGGAAAGAUGCCACAGCACCAUGGACAAUUUCUUCAGGCCCACCCAGCACAGGCCUUACAAAUCCACGGAAGCACUUUCAGAUAAGAUGCCAGUUUACCCUCCAAUGUCUCAGGAGCAGGACUCUGUGUUCGAGAGCCAGGAUGAGAACCUGAGUACAACGUUCAAUGGACCUUAUCCAAUGACAACACAGCCCUCCCACAAGUUUGACUCAUUAGAACAGAUGCACUUGAUACAAUGUCAGGAGAUGGGCCGUCACACAGCUACCAACCCCAUCUUCUUCUGUGGCCCAGAGGAAAAUCACACCCUCAAAGGCAAUCAAACGCCAGCAAAAGGGGGCGCUAAAUUGAUAAGCAAUGACCAGCUCAUUUUUCGCAAGAGAGAAGAUCUGGCAAAGAAAGGUAGAAGACAACCACUAGGGGAUGUAGCGAGUGAAAGAAUCAACAAGGAAACCACUCCACUUCUCUACCAUCUGACCGGUGCAAGCAGGGCGGCGCUGAAGCCCAAAAAGGACGUUUUUGUCAAUGUAAAAUGCGAAGAAACAACCUUUAACAAAGCUUGUCAAAAAGAAAUUAAUACACACAGGAAGGAGAGAUCUCUUCCGAUCGAAGCCGUUGCAGAGGGUGGUGGGGAGGUUAUUUUGAAUGCCUGCAACACGCUGGAUGACUCAUUUAAGAAAUACUACAAGGAACAGCUCAAGGACGCCCAGUCUAAAGUCUUGAGGGAGACUUCGUUCAAACGCAAGGAUCUCCAGCUGUCCUUGCCCCAACGGAUCAAUGAGAAAAGACUUGAGCUGCGGCCGUCGGUAAUGCAUCAUUUCAGUGCUUCACAGGACUCCGAGACGUCAACAGAAACUCUGACCCCGUCAAUAACAUCAGGGGAGAUGGAGAUAGGGAGCAUCAAAAAAGAGGUUGUGGAGGAAGAGAAGGAUGAAGAAGAUCAAAGGGAAAAUGGAAGACCUUUGAAUGUGGCACAGCCCCAAGUGGCUCGUAUUGGCUGCAGGAAACGUCUGACUCAAGAGAAGAAGAAGAUGUGCUUCUCUGAACCUGAGAAGCUUCAUCAGCUGGGUGACUCUACAUACCAUUCAUCUUGCAGUUCCCUUGGAAAUGAAUUGGAGCAGUUCAUCUCAACUGAAUGUCUCACAACACAGGAACCAGGACAGCAUGGAGAGCAAGGGUUUGUUGCAGCCAGGAGGAAGAUCUUUGAGAUACGAGGCCGAGCCUUUUCUGCUUCCAAUCUCUCAAAGACAAACCUCAAGAACCUUCAGCACAAAGCGCUGGUGGAGUAUGUUGAACGCAAGACGGGCCACAAGGUUGCUGAGCCCCAGCAGCCUGGGCCUCAAUUACCACCUCCCUCAAGACAGAGGCACUCUGUUGGGGAGAAGCCAGUUGGGUCGGCGGCCAAGUCCCCUGUGAGCACAGGCGGUCAGGGGUUCAAGAAGAAACUCAACAGGCCGCAUUCAGCAGGCCACAUCCUUGAUUCUUCCAGCAGUUCCAUCAGAUAUUCCCAGUUUUUCUCAGCUCAGCAAGCUCACUCUAGAUUGUUCCAAGGCAGUGGCCAACCCAGCAUGAAGGAGGGCCAGAGUGCUCAAGGAAAGUCUGCCUCUGUGGAGAGCUUGUUGAGCCAGACGGAUCCCGCAGACCUCUUCAGGAACCGGUCUAGAUCCAUACCAUAUGCAUUUCAGGCACAUGGCCCAGAGCAUGAUUCAUCUCCGGCUGAUGCUAUGGAAACCCAGAGAAGUGAGCCGGGGCUUGUGGCUGAGGAUGCCAGGCCGGCAGCCCCGGAGGUCCAGCAGCGGGUCCGCGUGGUCGCCCAGAGGGGGAAGUCCAUGGAGGAGCUGGGAACAAUGAGGUGCUCCAGACCCCCGGUGCUGAGCAAGAGCACUGAACAGCUCGAGCAGUUCUGGGAUCCCGCAGUGAGAUCAGGAAGGGAGAACAGGAGCCUGCCUUCUGUCUUGGAUGAUGGACGGCUAGACAAGAUGGCCCACCUUCAGGGUCUGGAGCAAGCAAGGCAGAGCAUGGAGACCCUUGGCCUGGAAAGGGCCCGGCCACAAAAAUGGACCCACAAGAGAACCCCGUCCAAGGCAAGUUCAAACUCACAGCUGGGGGCUGAUGAGGAGAGCAGCCCUGCGGCACAUGCAGAAGCCAAGAGCUUGAGUAGAUCCGACUCCCCGGCCUCCGGCAACUGUUCUCGGUACAGAAUUCCCUCGGGUACUCCUAGCUCGCAUGGGUCUGUCUGGGAUGAGGGAAGGCUCAGUGUACCUGGCAGUGAACCCUCUGACCCCCAGUCACCAAACGGACCGGAGAGCAGAGAAAGAGGCAUCAAAUCGACCCCGGCCAACCUAUCUGUGCUCAGUCAGGCGAAGUCUUCAAAGGACAGCAAGCCUGGGUCCAGUGACAGAAAGUCGACCAGUGGGUCUGCGUCACACCAAGCGUGGCCAUUGGAUGAACCCCAAGUUAUAGCCCCACCCCCUGAUCCCAACCAGGAGGACGAGCUGCCGUCCCCACCUCUUCCUCCUCUUCCUCCUCGUGUGGUCAGCGAUGAGAGCCACGACUCCCCACUCAGCGACGACGUAUUUGAGUACCAUUCCGAGUCCCCCAGCCCGGGUUCCCCUGCGCUGAAUGCUGCACCAUUUCAAUCUCCCUCUCACGGCGUUUCCGACCCCUCACCCAUUCCCGCUGUGGACGUGGAGGCCCGCACCGAGACCACGGGCACACCGGACCCGGAAGGAGAGCCGUCACCGGAGCAGCGCCCCCCCGCGGGUAAGCCGGGCUGGACGGAGCUGGUGGUGGCGGUGGUGAAGGCGGACCCGUUGCUGGCCAAGGCGCUGUACCCGCUGGCCGACCGCAAGACAGCGCUGAUGCUGAUGGAGCAGCUGCUGUCGGAGGACACCCUGCUGAUGGAGGAGCACUACAAGAAGAAACAGGGGCAGAGGGGGCCGGCACAGAGUGCUGCGGAUGUCCAGCCCUUAUCUGCUUUUGACGAAGACGACAACCCUGUUCCAAGUUCAGAUCCACAGGUCCAGGCGAACAUCACUGAGAAGAAGCGCGUCCUGGUGUCCUACGCAGAGGAGCGCCUGCGGGGCCUGGAGGCGGAGCGCGGGCCCCUGCAGACGGAGGUCCAGGAGAACGCGGCGCGCGGCGAGGCGGUGCUGGCGCUGGUCCGGCAGCGCUGCCUGCCCUUGGAGGUGGAGCGCUACAGCCUCUUCGUCGGGGACCUGGAGCGAGUGGUCAGCCUGCUGCUCUGCCUCUCGGCCCGGCUGGCCCGCGUGCAGAACGCCCUGAGCACCGUGGACCAGCACACCGACGCAGAGGAGAAGGAGUCCCUGGACAGCCGCCACCGGCUGCUGUGCAAACAGCGCGAGGACGCCAAGGACCUGAAGGACAACCUGGACCGGCGGGAGAGCGUGGUCUCCGCCUUCCUGGCCCCCCAUCUGAGUGGCGCCCAGCUGGGGGGCUACCGGCGCUUCGUCCAGACCACCGCCUCGCUGCUGAUCCGGCAGAAGGACCUGGAGGAGCGGCGGCAGCUGGCCGAGGAGCAGGCCGAGGCCCUGAGGAGCAGCCUGCCGCCGGGCCCCUGAGGGCCCCGGAGGGCCCCGGAGGGAGGGAGGGAGGGAGGGGGAAGAGGACCUCUCCCAGUUCGUGGUACAGGUUGCUUCCCCAUGUCGGAAUCAUUUUUCUUUUCGCCUGGUGCUGGUCGGUUGUAUGUCGCCCCGACACAUUGACAGCCCAAAGCGCCUUAAAACUAUUCUAUAAGGUUAUUCUCCUCUGUCACCUCACUCAGCCAUGAUGGGCUUUUCUUCUUUCUGCGUUUUAACAAAACAAACAAAACAUACAUGAGCCCCCUCCACCCCCCAUAAGGCUGCUCUCCCACACGGCGGGAGGUCCACUGGCUUUGUCUGGCCUAACUUAUCCCACAUUUUUCUCCUUGGCCCCAUUGAUAGUGAACUGCACGCCAGGCACACUGUCUUGUCCCCGCCCCCAUCUGACCCCAAACUCUUUCUGGUGUAUCGAUUGUCGGCCCCGCCAAAACCACCAAUUUGUCCCUCAGAAAGGGUGUCUGUUCGUCUUAUUACGCGGCAUGUUUGUGGCCGUUCAGACUUUCAGAAGAGCUUGCUGGACAUUUCUGCGUGUCUUGAUGGAGACGUGUGCUGAGGAAGCUUUUCCUUCAGGGCUGCCAUGUUGAUCAGCAGUUGCUUAUUUUCUACUUGUUUGUACAAGAGUACAACCCCUGAAGUCCGUCACUGUGGAACUUAGAACAAAUCACAAUCACACACACGCACACACACACACGCACACGCACACACACACACACAC